CAAAAAUUGACUCCAGCCAUUUUCCUCUUCCCAUAAUGCCCUUUCCAGUGGCGUAACCCAAUGGCUAGGCUUCAACUCCAUCUCAUACGUGGCAACCAUCGGCUCCAUUCAUUUCCUUGACGGUUGACACCGACGAACCGUCUUUCCUGAUUAUCAUGGGGUGCGAUUCACUGAAUCCUCACAAAUGGAAGAAAAAAGAGAGCGUUUGAGUGGAUAAAUUGAAAUAUCCGACGUGUCAUUUCCAUGAAAAUCGCAGGAAGGACAUUUUAGUAAAUUCGAACUUACAACUGCAUAGUGAAAUAAAUCAUAAAGCCUUAUCCAUUAUCAGUAAUGAAAAACCCUCUAACCUCAAGGACCCAUCCUCAAAAAGCGUUUAUAAAAUGCGCUUAACAAAAUCAAUCCAAACCCCAACUAUUUUCUUCUCAGAUUAGAGAAUCCAAACGAUUCCACAAAAUUUCUCUAAAAAUCCCCAACCAGUACUUACACAUAUCUCCUUUCUUUCUCUAUGGCGACCGGAAAAAGCUGUUACGGUCGCUCCAACUACCGUUUCCUCACCGGCGACAUCGCCGGCCACCACCACCACCACUCCUUCACAUCCGAUUUAUCCUUCGAACUCAACGAAUCUGACAUUUACAACUCCGGUAGUUCGAAAUCGCCGAGAUCUCCAGCGACGGCGACGCGAAUCUCGAAGAAACCUUCGUCGAAACGAGUGGAGGCCGGCGGCGGUGGAGCAUCGUCGUUUCCGGUGAAUAUUCCGGAUUGGUCGAAGAUUCUGAAAGAGGAAUACAGAGAGAAGCGUAUGGAAUACGAGGAUGAUUUGGAGGAGGAUGAAGAUGAGGAUGAAGAAAUGAGAGUGCCGCCUCACGAGUUUUUGGCGAGGCAAAUGGCGAGGACGAGGAUCGCAUCGUUUUCGGUUCAUGAAGGAAUUGGGAGGACGUUGAAAGGGAGAGAUCUGAGUAGGGUAAGAAAUGCAAUAUGGGAAAAAACUGGGUUCGAGGAUUGAAAUAUUUUGAAAAAGAAAGGAUGAGAAUGAGAGAAUUAAUUUGACGACAUGUAGUUUUUAAUUUUAGGACGUAAAUAUUUGUUGGUAAAGGAAGGAAUAUAAUUUCCUCCCAAGUCGUUUCUUUUUUGUUUUUGUUUUUGUUUUUUUUAAUCUGAUUUUUUCACCUUAGCCAUAUUGGCGUAACCGGUGAAUUUCUGGGAAAUGGAUGGAUGUUCCAUUAAUUAUUGUAAAAUAUAUAUAACUACUAAGCAAGUCUUUUUAUUGGUUUA